AUGGAAGACGAAGUGAUGGUUGACAUCAAAACUAUGAUUGGAGAUAGUGGAUAUGGUUAUCUGUCACCAGACUGUUGUAUCUCUAGAGUGAUUCAUACAGCACGUGAUAUAAAACCAGAUGCUUACACUCCAAAGUUUGUUUCUAUUGGUCCCUUUCAUUACGGUAAUGAGAGGCUGCAAGAAAUGGAAAGGCACAAACAAGCUUUUCUCAAAAGAUUUACACAAAGAAGCAGCACAGAGUUGGAUGUUAUUAUUAAUUUUGUCAGAAGUUCAGUAACGAAAGUGCGUGCUUCUUAUUCAGAGAACAUCAACCUUAGUGACAAGGAACUUGUGAAGUUAAUAUUAUUGGAUGCUGCUUUCAUCAUUGAAUUUCUCUUCAUUAUGCAUUAUAAGCAGGAGAUAUUAAUUGAUGCUAAACUGUCACAGCAACCAUUAAUUGGAAUUCUACCUCUAGAUUUAGUUUUAUUUGAGAACCAACUGCCAUUCUCUAUUUUGGAAGAGCUAUUCAAUAUAGCAUUUCCCCCUAACCUUCGUGAUGAUGGAAUCACUUUUCUUAAGCUUGCUUCUUGGUUCUUUAGUGCGACAUUUCACCUUGAAGAGCCAAAGCAUGAUCUUGAUAAUGUGAGCGUAAAGCAUUUCACAGACUUGCUGAGGUUUUUAUUGUUACAAGGAGCACCUCCAGAAGAAAUGGAGCCACUAUCUUACACUACUCAGGUUCUUUCAUAUAGUGCGAAGGAGUUGCAAGAAUUCGGAGUAAAGUUGAAGGCUAGCAAAAGCAAGAGCCCAUUAGACAUCAAGUUUUCAGGCUAUGUUCUGGAGCUUCCACAGAUUUUGGCGAUGGUUCUCGUGACCGAAGCUUUGUUCUUUAAUAUGAUUGCUUUUGAACAGAUCCAUUGUCCUGUUACCUCUUACAUUACUGGCUAUGCUAUUGUAUGGAGUCGCCUCAUCGCCACAAAGGAAGAUGUGGAUGUCCUGGUUGACAAUGAAAUAGUCCGCAACUACCUUGUUAAUACUGAGGUUGUUGAGUUAUUUGGAAUCAUGGUAAGGAAUGCCGGUAUUUUAAUGCUGAAUUCUGAAUACCUUGAUAUCUUCAAAAGGUUGAAUAAAUUCUGCGAAAAUAGUUUGCGACGGAGUAAAGCGAGUUUGAUACGUGAUUAUUGCAGGACGCCUUGGCAAACUGUGGCCUCUUUUGCUGGAAUCAUCCUCCUUAUUCUCACCAUUCUUCAGACCAUACUUUCUAUUUUCCAACACUGUAUUUUUGCCAAUAAGUUGAUCCCAAACAUUGAAGCCCCUGUAUUUUUGGCUCACAAGACUCUUGUCUUCAGAACGUUGCAUAAAGCUCAGAUGUUGCUCCGACAAUGGGACGGUGAUGGUAGUCGAUGA